UUCUACUUGUCCUCUGUGACUUCAUCCUGCAGAAUUGCAAUUGAAGAAAGAAUUUCACUUACUUGAGUUUAAGGGGUCUUAACAACCCACUCCCGCAAUGGCUGAUCGGAACUCCUCAGCAAUGGAUCUCCCAAAGGUGAUGGAUCAGAAGAUAAAAUGUCUGAGCAAACAAAAGAAAUCCUUUCUGGGUAGUGUAGCAGCGAUCAAUACCUUGGCUGGCAUUCUUCGUGGUUGCUAUGGCCCUUGUGGCAGGCUAAAGUUCCUGGUUUCAUCUCAGGGGAAAACUGUCUGUACGGGGUAUGCAGCCACAAUCCUUGGCGCCUUAGAGCUAGAACACCCAGCAGCUCAGCUCCUCCGGGAAGCCGCGCAGACCCAAGCUGAGAACAGUGGGGAUGGCACCACCUUUGUGGUUCUUCUGGUCGAUGCUUUGCUGGAGCAGGCCGAAGCCAUGGUGCAGGCAGGCUUGCCCCAUUCUCGUGUCCGUGAAGCCUAUGCUGUGGCAACCGAUGAAGCCCUGAAAAUACUGCCCACCUUGGUUGUCUGUUCGCUCGAUUCUCUGCAAGAUCCAGCUUUGGCCCUCCGUUCUGCAGUAUAUACCCACUCUCUCUCCCACCCCGAAUACUUGGCAAAGUUGGUGAGUCAGGCAUGCCGGGAUUCCCGGGAGCCUGAUGGAAGCUUUAAUCCUGAACGCUUGGCAGUAUGCUCAGUGCCUGGGGCAGGGCUGGGGGAUUCGAGCCUGAUACCAGGAUUUGCAGUGUAUGGAGCACCGUGUGGGAAGAUUACCGUUGUGCUUGGAGGAGCCAAGGUAGCACUAUAUGCUUGUUCCUUUGGCCCUGUCAGUCCCCAUACACCUUCCAAUGCUCACCUUACUUGCCCUGAAGACUUAAUUAACUAUAAGAAUGGAGAAGAAAGAAUGUCAUCAACAUUAGUGACCCAGCUCGCCUCUAAGGGUAUCAAUGUGGUGGUGGUAUGGGGACAAAUAAACGAGAUCAGUCUGCUGCAUGCUGAUCAGCACGGCAUCAUGGUCGUGCAGGCCAAAUCCAAGCGGCAGGUGGUCCAGCUGAGCCAGAUCAUGGGGAUAACCAUGCUGCCUUUUUUGAUGCCUCCCCUUGUAGCAGGGGAAUGCCUCAAGGUAUAUACAAAGGAAAUGGCACUAGGACUAGCUGUGGUGUUUGAAUGGGAUUACUUAUAUGCACCUGCUUUCACUGUGAUUCUCCGGGGAUCCACGACUGAAGGACUAAAGGGAGCUGAACAGGCUGUUCAUCAUGCCAUAAAAGCCUAUGCACAGCUGAGUCAGGACCCCCGCUUGCUACCAGGAGCUGGGGCAACAGAACUGGCGCUAGCUAAAGAACUUUCAGAACUGGGAAAUCAAUUGGAGGGGCCCAAUGGUCCUGGGAUUCUUGCAUUUGCCAGAGCUCUUAGGUCACUUCCUGUAAUCCUAGCAGAGAAUGCAGGCAUACAAGGGGCAGAUAUAAUGGCACAACUUCAGGGACAUCACCAGGCUGGGAACACGGUUAUGGGAGUGGGGGAUGAAGGGUCAAUAAAUGUAACCCAGGAAGGAAUAUUUGACCCCUUCAUUGUCAAGACCCGGGGACUACGGGUGGCAGCUGAUGUGGUGUUGGAACUAGUGACUGUAGAUGAUAUCCUGAUUGCCAAGAAAAGUGGGGAGUUUAUCCACCCAAAGGAGAGUGGUAGUGAAUCAAAUAAUCUAAAACACCACCCAACCUCCCUCAAUAACAACUAACCCUUGGAAGAAAUAAAUUGGCAACUCCCUCAAUAAAUGGAGACCGCCAAGGAGGGCAGUACCACACCCAAA